UCAACAAUUGUUAUCAUUUACAGCUGAAUCACAAAAGAAACUGAAACUAUUAGAAACUAAGAUCGCUAUUAAAAGCAUUUAAAACAACAACAACAACAAAAUUCAACAACAAUCUACAUUUAACUAAUAAUAGAGAAGAGGAAACAACGCACAAUAAACCACAAACUUACCACAUCGUAGCGUAUCAAUUUCCCAUCACAAAAAUAAGAACCAACAAUAAGGAAAAGUAAAGUAAAAAUAUUUGAAUAUUUAGUUUUUUGGAAAAGUUCUGGAAAUAGUGUGGCAUAUCCACACACAACAAUAGCAACAAAAGCAGCAGACAAGAGCCACAACAGCAACAAAAUGCGUCGUUCAUCAUUUACGCCAGUUUUCAAUAUCAGCACACAGGAGCCACUUAUUGUGGUUGAAGAAUCCCAAACAACAGAUGAUAGCGACGAUGUACAGGGAGCCGUUGGUGGUAUUGGUGCAGAGGGUAGCUAUGCUUACACAGGACGAUCAAAUAGCGAUGACUCCGACCCUGAAUCACCAAAAAAUCCAUAUCUCCUGUGUCCACUACCAGACAUGCAACAACGUCGCAAACACUCAUUGCCAUCAUUGCAAAUAACAGAAGGUAUUACGGCCAGUCAAGUGCGACGCUUAUCUGAAGUGGGUGGAGAGACGAGCAGUUUGAGUCCACAUGAGGUGGAGUUUUUGGCCACACUAUCACAAAAAACCAAUCCAGGAGGUGGUGGCCGAAGGCAUUCAGUGGUAACAAUAUCGGCCGUACCACCCACACUAUUUGGACGUAAUCGUCGUGAAUCUAUAUCUGGGGCAAUGUAUAGUGGCAGUCGUAGAGGUAGUGGCAUCCAAGGACCACCACUAACUGAGCAUCGAGGUAGCAUACAUAAUUUACAACUGGACAUAAUGGAUGGCAUUGCACAAGGUCGUAAAACACGUUCUGGCAGUGGUGUUUGGCAGGCACCCAUACUGAAAGAAACCGAAAGCAAUGUACCCGUUCAAACAUAAAUUACUUUUAUGUACCAACAUGGAUUUCUAGUUCUUUUAUUAUUUUAUCCCCCCCGUUCAUUCAUUUAUACUAAAGUUAUUCGUUCGAUUUUAUUUUUUACAAUUUAAUUUACAAAACAAUAAAGAGAGAGAGAGAAAAAACCAAACAACAGAAUAACAGCACAACUGUGCCGAACAGUCGUAAAUGAAUCAACAGUUUGUGCAGCAAUAAGCAAACAAAUCAAUAUGAAACUUUAAUGUGGCAAAAA